UUUGUUUUUUCCAGAAAUUAAAAUAUUCUCCUUAAAUUCAUCACCAACAACCGGGAUAUUUAACAAGAGCAAUGUUAAACUGCUGAAAGAGGUGAAGCACAAGUCAUCCAAAAGAAUCUCCAGAACAUACACAAAUUGUUGCAUUUAACAGACAAAUGAAGCCAAGUCCCGACAUGGAGAAACAUCGUCACUCUGUCAAGAGUUUUACUAAACAGAGUAAUCUCAAAAAACACCAGCGCAUUCACACAGGAGAGAAACCACAUCACUGCUCAGACUGUGGGAAGAGUUUUACUCAACAGAUUAAUCUCAAAAUACACCAGCGCAUUCACACAGGAGAGAAACCCUAUCACUGCUCAGACUGUGGGAAGAGAUUUACUGCACAGAGUACUCUCAAAAUUCACCAGCGCAUUCACACAGGAGAGAAACCGUAUUGCUGCUCAGACUGUGGAAAAAGUUUUAAUCAACAGAAUGCUCUCAAACUGCAUCAGCGCAUUCACACAGGAGAGAAACCGUAUCAGUGCUCAGACUGUGGGAAGAGUUUUACUGAACGGAGUAGUCUCAAAAUUCACCAGCGCAUUCACACAGGAGAGAAACCAUAUUAUUGCUCAGACUGUGGGAAGAGUUUUACUGAACCGAGUGCUCUCAAAAAACACCAGCGCAUUCACACAGGAGAGAAACCGUAUUACUGCUCAGACUGUGGGAAGAGUUUUAAUCAGCAAUGUAAUCUCCGAAAACACCAGCGCAUUCACACAGGAGAGAAACCGUAUCACUGCUCAGACUGUGGGAAGAGUUUUACUCAACAGAUUAAUCUCCGAAUACACCAGCGCAUUCACACAGGAGAGAAACCGUAUUAUUGCUCUGACUGUGGGAAGAGUUUUAAUCAACAGAGUACUCUUCAAAUACACCAGCGCAUUCACACAGGAGAGAAACCGUAUGAUUGCUCAGACUGUGGGAAGAGUUUUACUCAACAGAGUAAACUCAAAAAACACCAGCACAUUCACACAGGAGAGAAAACUCCAUCUUAGAUCAGUUUGAAGGCAAUUAAAAGGCAAAUCAUAAGUCUUUCGGACACAAAUGUUUAACCUUGUCAAUUAACUGAAUUUAACAAUGGAUUUUACAGGUUCAGCAAAAUUAAUCUUAAUCAUCGAUCAUGUUUAUUGAAUUCCAUGUUAUGUUUUCUUAUAUGUUCAAUAUUCCAGGACAUUCUUCGUGAGACAGAGCUCAGCGCUUAGGGUAGUUACGGGAGGAGUUCAGUUCUGAAGAAGUGAAAAAACUUAGUCUUUAAAAUUUAGUGUGAUAAAUGUGAUAGUUAGAGUAGGAUUCUUAGCUGGCAACUAAACAUUUGAGCCAAAUCUUCAGAGCUUAUGAUUUGAAUGCUUUUAAUCUCUUUUCUAGUUUAUGCAGAUUUCAUUAUUUCUAUUAAUUUCUAGUAUCUCUGUUUUCACUCUGUGGAAGCCAUCCUCAGCUCCCCAAGCUUAGCAUAGCUUAGCUUAAUGCUAUUAACCGCCAGGCCCAUCUGUAUGAAAGAAGAAGUGAAAACACCACCUGAGGAACUCCAGAGAGUGCUCCCAAAAGUGAGACCCAGAGCCACAGAGAGACGACACUGUGCCGGGUGCUGCUGUGUGGACCGGAGGAGCAUCCAGACCCUGCAGAGAGACCAACAAAAUCCUUUACAGAGGUUAAAUAAAACGCUCCAUCUGUAGUUCCCAUACUGAAAUCAACCUCCUCCGGGCUUGUGUAGCGCAGUAAGGUUGCAGGCUAUGGUUCAGUCGUUCAGAUUAAAAAUCUGUUACCAUAGAGGGAUAUUUGGUUGUUGUAUUACUCAAGUUUUAUACUCGCUUAUCUUUUCCUUAUUGAAUAUUAUAUCUUGCUUAAGGUUUUUUAAUCUUCAAAUUUACUAAGAAUAUCCAAAUCAUGUAGUUCCUUAAUUGUUUUUAUCCACUACAAACUAUUAUCUUUGUAUUGCUUCACCUCUAUAUUUACUCAUCUGUGUGUUUUUAAUAAAAGGAUUUUAUAUUGCA